GCCGGCGGGGACCGGCGCGCGGUGCGGAGCUACGUCACAUCCGGCGUCCGGGCCCCAGGUUCCGGAAGAGGCUGCACCGUGGUGGCGGCGGCUGUGUCUGCCUUGAUGUUUGGUGUCUUUGCUGCCGGAGCCACGGAAAACACGGCAGCAUCAUGGUCGAGGAGGUACAGAAGCAUUCUGUGCAUACACUUGUGUUCAGGUCAUUGAAGAGGACCCAUGACAUGUUUGUAGCCGAUAAUGGAAAACCUGUGCCUUUGGAUGAAGAGAGUCACAAACGAAAAAUGGCAAUCAAGCUACGGAAUGAGUAUGGUCCUGUGUUGCACAUGCCUACUUUGAAAGAAAAUUUUAAAGAGAAGGGUCCUCAGAAUGCAUCAGACUCAUAUGGUCAUAAACAGUACCCUGCAAAUCAAGGACAAGAAGUUGAAUAUUUGGUGACCGGUACACAUCCCUAUCCACCAGGACCUGGGGUUGCUUUAACAGCAGAUACUAAGAUCCAAAGAAUGCCAAGUGAAUCAGCUGCACAGUCCUUAGCUGUAGCAUUACCUUCUUCUCAGGCCAGGGUUGAUGCCAAUCGUGCUGCACCUGCUGGAGGCUCUGACCGCUCACAGCCUGCAGGGAUGACUUUGGCUGUUAUGGAGGGUGGCAAUGCCAAGAACUCUGCACUCAUGGCAAAGAAGGCCCCGACAAUGCCAAAACCCCAGUGGCACCCGCCAUGGAAACUCUACAGGGUGAUCAGUGGGCAUCUUGGCUGGGUUCGAUGUAUUGCUGUGGAACCUGGAAAUCAGUGGUUUGUUACUGGAUCUGCUGACAGAACUAUAAAGAUCUGGGACUUGGCUAGUGGCAAAUUAAAACUGUCAUUAACUGGGCACAUUAGUACAGUUCGUGGUGUGAUAGUAAGCGCGAGGAGCCCAUACCUGUUUUCCUGUGGAGAAGACAAACAGGUCAAAUGCUGGGAUCUUGAAUAUAAUAAGGUUAUAAGGCACUAUCAUGGACAUCUGAGUGCAGUGUAUGGUUUGGAUUUGCACCCAACAAUUGAUGUGCUGGUAACCUGUAGUCGUGAUUCAACUGCACGGAUUUGGGAUGUGAGAACUAAAGCCAGUGUACAUACAUUAUCUGGACAUACAAAUGCAGUUGCUACAGUGAGGUGUCAAGCUGCAGAACCACAAAUUAUUACUGGAAGCCAUGACACUACAAUACGAUUAUGGGAUUUGGUGGCUGGAAAAACAAGAGUCACAUUAACAAAUCACAAAAAAUCAGUGAGAGCUGUAGUGUUACAUCCAAGACAUUACACAUUUGCAUCUGGUUCUCCAGAUAACAUAAAACAGUGGAAAUUCCCUGAUGGAAGUUUCAUUCAAAAUCUUUCUGGUCAUAAUGCUAUUAUUAACACAUUGACAGUAAAUUCUGAUGGAGUGCUCGUAUCUGGAGCUGACAAUGGAACCAUGCAUCUUUGGGAUUGGAGAACUGGCUACAAUUUCCAGAGAGUUCAUGCAGCUGUGCAGCCUGGGUCUUUGGACAGUGAAUCAGGAAUAUUUGCUUGUGCUUUUGAUCAAUCUGAAAGUCGGUUACUAACGGCUGAAGCUGAUAAAACCAUUAAAGUGUACAGAGAGGAUGAUACAGCGACAGAAGAAACUCAUCCAGUCAGCUGGAAACCAGAAAUUAUCAAGAGAAAGAGAUUUUAAUGUGACCUUGUCUUCAUGGCGUUUUGUUUUUUAUUUUUUAUUUGCUUGGUGGAUAUCCACUCGUUUUGUGCUCUGGCUAGCAGAAACUCACAUGUUCGAAUCAUUGCUGCUUCAUAUUUUACAAUAAAAUGUACUGUCUUCCC